AUGACAAACCAAAAUACUGAUCCCGACCCUGAUUUCUGCCUUCCAUCAUCUUCUUCAAUCCCUACCACACACCACCAUCAAAACCCACGUAAAAAAAGGAGCAAGUUGAUCAAGAUUGAACAAAGUUUGCUUCCUUCUAGUGCAAUCUCUAAGCCAAAAAGUUACAAAAAACCUGACCCUUCUGCACCGAAGAUCACAAGACCUUGUAGUGAGUGUGGCAAGAAGUUUUGGUCAUGGAAAGCACUCUUUGGUCACAUGAGAUGUCAUCCUGAAAGAGAAUGGCGUGGCAUUAAUCCACCACCUAAUUAUCGUAGGCCCACUUCGCCUGUUCAACCGUUAAGUCCUACUAAUUGGGAAGACAUGAUGACUGCAGAAGAUCAUGAGGUGGCUUCAUGUUUGUUAAUGUUGGCUAAUAGUGAUGGUGCAACAACGUUGGAGACUACUGAGUUUGGUGGUGGGGUUGGUGCUACUAGUUCUCAUCAAUUUCAAGAUCAUGAUCAAGUGACUUGUACUCGUUUCGAGUGUUCAAGUUGCAAGAAGGUUUUUGGGUCACACCAGGCACUAGGGGGUCAUAGGGCUAGUCACAAGAAUGUGAAGGGUUGUUUUGCAAUAACAAGAAGUGAUGGUUGUGAGAAUAUAGUUGAGGAUCAUGGUGGAAAUGGUGACGUGAAGGAGAACGUGGAAGAUAAUAGCAAGGCAUUGAUGGUGUUAGGGCACAAGUGUAGUAUUUGCUUGAGGGUGUUUCCUAGUGGACAGGCACUAGGUGGACACAAGAGGUGCCAUUGGGAGAAAGGAGAAGAGACCUCAUUAUCGAUGAAUAAUCAAGAAGGUCUUCAUCUUCUUACAGCAAAGGAAGGAUGUGGGUUGGACCUCAAUUUACCUGCUCCAAUGGAAAAUGAAUCAUCCUCUUCUUAUUCUUCAGGCCUCACUUUGGACUUGAGAUUGGGCCUCUGA